CCCACCAACUACUACGUGUACAGAGGAAGUGACCUGGAUGACAUAAUGCAUCGCUACAUGGCUUCUCCCAGAGAGGAAGCUGCCAAGAACGUCCCUCUCCUGUUUAUCACCUGCCCGUCAACCAAGGAUCCCACCUGGGAAAUGAGGCACCCAGGUAAAUCCACACUGGCCAUCGUGACCUUCGCCAAAUACGAGUGGUUUGAGGAGGGGAAGGACAAGCCGGUCAGUAAGCGGGGAGAUGAUUACGAGGAGCUGAAGAAGACCUUUGUGGACACCGCCAUGCAGGUUGUCUACAAGCUCUACCCUGGCAUCGAGGACAGGAUCGAGUACAUCUCCGGAGGGACACCCCUCACCAACCAGCACUACCUCGCCAGCCCCAGAGGUGAGAUCUAUGGCAGCGACCACAACAUCACCCGCCUGCGAGCCGAAGCCAUUGCCACCCUGCGGGCACAGACGGCUGUCCCCAACCUCUACCUGACAGGGCAGGAUGUGUGUGUGUGCGGCUUCACGGGAGCCCUGCAAGGAGCCCUCAUCUGCGUCAGCGCUGUCCUCAAGCGCAACCUCUACGCCGACGUGAUGCGGCUGAAGAAGCGCACGGAGGCCGCCAACGCCAAGAAGCAGGACUAA